GUCAUUAAGUUCCCGUGAUAGGCUAAUGAACUCUUUGCAUAUAGAUCAGUGUACUAAGUUUGCUUUCGGGAGCUACUCAAGACACAUGAACGGCUAUUAGAUCUUAGAAAUGGGGUAAUUAUAAAUGCAUCGUAGAGACAACUCUUUAAGAAACUACGCUCUAUACAUUUUAUAAACUCAGCGUACCUUUCUAUAUAAGUGCGAGGAAUAUUUGCGUCGUGUUAGCGAUUUUAAUAGGCCCAUUGAUCUUGCCUCCGAACCAUCCUCUUUUUGGAUUUGUAUCAUUUUUAUUUCGCGAAUUCAAGAAUAUUCAAAGAGGAGGAGAGUACCAGAAUUUAAGGAGGAAGACAGCAACGCCAAAAAAUAACUACCAUUAUGGAUGAUUCUUUGGUUAUUCUACAGUAUUUCAAGCAUGACCAUUAGACAGAGCGUCUUCUGAAACACGAUGAAGAGAGUUUAUGUUUGUAAUUGUCAUCAUAAAAAUAAGAUUCACUUCUCACAUCAUUAUACCGCCUAUCAUGAUAUUUUGAUAUCAAAGUUCUGAUAUGUGGAAACCUGACGUUCCAUCGGUUUGUUUAUCUGAUAUCUGUUGAUGAGGCGAUACAGAGUGGAUUAUUACGUAUCAGUGGAUUAUUACGUAUUUCAUCUAUAGCGGUUAGAUGUGUAUUUAGUUUAUGUAAAUAUUUCAGAUCAUCACAGGAUGAGUUGUAUGGACGUUGUGUACCAGCCACUACAGAGACAUCCCUUUUAUCAGCAUCCUCGUAAUAAGAACUCUGGUAAUGAUAAUGAGGCUGGUCAUUCCUUGGCCUCUGUCAAGGUUGAGGAGGACCAAUCCGAGUCAGGUAGUGACAAAGACUCUUUCCCAGAGGCGGAGUACGUCAGUGCUAAGUGCGUCAUUUUCACGUACUUUACUGGUGACACAAAUAAAGUUGUUGAUGACCAUUUCACGAAGGCAUUGAAUCAGCCAAGUAGUUUCACGUCUGAUGUGGUGGAACCAACGACGACAGGAAAACAGUCUAUCAUUGCCGAUAGAAAUAAUAACAAUAAAGGUUCUCUUAUGAGUCAACGUGCCUUCCCGCCUUCCUUUUGGAGCAGUAACUAUUACAAUAUGGGACGAAACAAUGGCCAUUCGGACCUGCCCACAUCAAUUCAAGAAAUGAUGUUUGGAGAUGCAUGCAACGGUUCCAGCUCCAAUCGCCCCGAUGUUUGGCAAUACAGUCUAGCGCAGAGCGCGUACACGCAUCGACCAAUCACUGAACUCGGUUAUGGCGUUUCUUCGAGUAACACUGCAGUGUUCAACCCACGGUACUCAUCGUUGUUGAUCCAGCCUCCAGUGAGACCAAGUCGAUUACCCAGCUUUCAAGCUCCAUGCGAGCCGUCCGAUCCUGGUUGGUCGAUUGCCUAUACAAACCCUAACAGCUCUGACUAUUCGUCGUACGCGCUGGACAAUGCUGCAACUACCUCAAUGGCAGAGAAUCAAGAUUCGAACAAGGAUUCAUUCUGGUUUUGAUUACACGGAUUUGUUGGAAGAAACAUUUGUACCGAGAAGUGGAUCGUAUUUGUGUCUGGAAAAUUCAGAGAGUUUGAUACGGUGUUCGAUGAUUUACAUGGUUGUUGUUGACUGCGUCAAUCCGUAGGAAUGCAGUAUGCGAUCACGGGUGUUUGUCGCACAUCAAUUAUAUAUUUGCAUGUAUGAUAUUCAAGUAAUACAGCGAACACAAGGAGUCGUACUCUCUGUUGUCUGCAACGUAAACGCGGAAAAAUCGAGAUUAAACGCGUUUGUUGUAGCUUUUUUCAUAGGUUACGAUCGAGUGAAGGCCCAUUAGAGAAGGAAUGUACACAAGGAACUAACCCGAGGUUUUUACUGUUUUUAAAUGGCAGAAAGCAAACGAAACACGUUUGGAAUGUUACGGCCAACUGGAAAAGUACAAGGCGAAGAUCGACGUUAUUGAGCAUGCGCAAUUUAGCACGAGCAAAUUGGUAACCAACUUAUUAUAAUGCAUAAUACAUAUUUUGUUGUGUUCAAGAGAAAAAAAGAGACUUUUUUUUAAUCGUAUUAAAUAUGAAAUUAUACGAAACCAGUAUAAUCAGUUCAUGAUCUCCGUUGAUUCUCAUUUUUGUUGUACACCCUGAGUUAUCACGAUGUCAUAUGGACACAUUGUUGGUAGACAACAAAGCAAAAUAUAGAGAGGCUUUGCCACCAGACGAAAUAUUUUUAUAAGCAGUGGCGUAUCUAGAAGUCUUGAGGUUAGGGUACUGGGGAAGGUGAUAGACAAAGUGAAGUGAAAAGCUCGAUGAUCAGUUGAGGGGCGCUAACUCGCAAAAUAACGUGAUUUUAGGUGAUAUUUUGUUUUUGGGGAGGGGGAUGCGCGAGUAAUUUUUGGGGUGGCGUGUGCGCCCCCCCCCCCUCCGCGCACCACUAGAUACGCCACUGUCUAUAAGUAACGUUACUUUAGUAGGCAAAUUUCGCGCUGAAAAUCCUUCACUUGCUCAAUCUAAACAUGUGUGUGACCUUCACUCCCCUUAAUAAAAAAGUGAACAUAAUUUGAUAUUAUUUGCAAAAAUCAAAAUUAUCUGAAUUUCCAGGCAUAGGAAUUAUACCAACGAUAAAUGGCAUUCCACUUUAAAGCUAGCUGGAAUUCCUAAACUUUGGCGAUUGCGUGUUGUAUUUAAACUCUGACGUUUUCGCUCCAUGCCCAUAGCAAGAAAUUUACUCAGGUUGCAAUGUGAUGUAAUACAUCUUUGGAAAUGUUGACAUCGCUGGGAUAGGUUUACACUGUUUUACUAAUAAUUACUGUACAAACGUUUGUAGUAAUAUUGUUCUCAUUAUUUUUAUUGUUAAUUUAUUGUUAUUGUUGUUGUUUAUUAUUGAUAUUGCCUAUAUUUAUUAUUAUUACUUAGAAUAGUUCUGCCUUAAUUUGUGUCCCACAUAAUUCAAUGAACAUUCCAAUAUGCUAUCACAUUAGCAAUCUCAGCCUUUUAAACCAAUUGCAGUACCAGAAUGUUCAUGAUUGAGUUUGUGCAGUUUUAUGAAAAGAAAUCUGUCGUUCAUCAAUUGCAUAAUAUCGGUAUGUUAUUACUCGAUCUACAAAUUAUGUAGUAAGCCUAAUACAUAACUUUAAUAAAAAUGUAUAUAUU